AUGGAGAAUUCCAAUACAAGCAGCCCGACAAACCCGAUUGAAGAUGAAGAGACGAUAGAUGAAACUGAAAAUGAAGGCAAACCCAUGUAUGGGAACAGCUCAAGCAACAGUACUGUUGAAGAGAAUGGAAAAAAGGCCAGUUCUGGAUCUAUAAGGCAGUACAAUAGAUCAAAAACACCUCGCCUUCGAUGGACACCGGAACUCCACCUUUGCUUUGUUCAUGCAGUUGAAAGACUAGGAGGACAAGACAGAGCAACUCCAAAGUUGGUUCUUCAAUUGAUGAACAUUAAAGGCCUUAGCAUUGCUCAUGUCAAGAGCCAUCUUCAGAUGUACAGAGGCAAGAAGAUAGACGACCCUAAUCAAGUUAUUUCGGAGCAACAGAUUCUUCUUGAUGGUGGAGAUCGCCAUAUUUAUAACCUUCGUCAGCUUCCAAUGCUACAAACUUACAGUCAAACACCUAUUUCGAGUUUACGCUAUGGAGAUGCCAUUUGGAGUCACCAUGCCAAUUCUGUGUAUAGUCCUUCUCACAACGGAUCAAGUACUAUAAAUAAAGUGUAUGGAUCUGCUUCUGAGAGGAUUUUUAGGGGCGAUAACAAGGGAUAUAUUCAGGGUUAUGAUUUUCACAUGAAUAAGCAAGUGCCUUGCUGGAGAACCCUUGAAAAUGAUCAGAAAGAACCAGAAAGAGUAUUCCCAAAUCAAAAUCUUUGGCAAACUCAAGUUGGAAUAAGCUUAUCAAACCCAAAUCUCAGUAGCAAAUUACAAGAUAGAAAGUCUGAACGCACAAAUCAUUUUCAAACUUCGUUCCCUCAAAGUGAAAAGACUCCAGUGGUAGGUCAAGGAGAUACAAACGCAUUGAAAAGAAAGUUUUCAGAGGUGAAUCUUGAUCUAAAUUUAUCUCUAAAAUCGACAUGUGAAAUCGAGGGGAGAAAUCAUACAAGUUCCAAGAAUGAUGUAGUUGAUAGUAGCUUAUCUCUGUCCUUGUUUUCUUCAUCCUCAAAGGAAAAUCACAGAAAGCAUGCAAGAAUGGAGACUAGUACUUUAGAUCUGACUUUGUGA